AUGCGGACGACAAGUGGCAGACGUAAGCAAAGGUCGGAGGUCGACGCGUUCAGCAGAUGUCGUCCUAACAGGUUGUGGCCCGUGUCGUCCGUAAUAGUAUCACAGGAGAGCAAGCGGAGGUCAGAGUCUCUGAGGGGCUCCGCCGAUCGCCAUAAAUCUUGUCGCGCUGACAAGGACAAACCAACAUCAGUUCAGGUAAUCCAGCUAAAGAUGCCAAAAAUGGUCUAUAAAAUCAUCUUCAUUUCCUUCUGCUUAUUGCACUUCUCCGUUCACAGCAGUGGACGUCCCCUGAGUAAACGGACGGUGAGUGAAAUGCAGCUCAUGCACGACGUGGGGCAGCACCAGCAGGUGCAGGAGCGGCGGGAGUGGCUGCAGACGCGGCUCCGCAACAUCCACAACCCGGACCCGGAGGGCCGGGGCCGGGGCCGGGAGGGCCGGGGCCGGGGGAGGCCCAGCCCCGCGGACCUGGCCGAGCUCAGCGACCUGACCACCGAGGAGAUCCAGCACGCCUUGGACUUCCUGGAGAAGCUCCUCGAAUCGAAACAGUCAUGAUUAUUUAUUUUGCUUUAUUUCAUUGACCGUUGACUGUCUCAACUUUGUUUGUUUUUUUCCAACUGCGAAAGAUGUUUUCUUUCUAUAUUUUUCAUUUUUUAUAGUUCAGUUUGACACUUUCCAGAUUUCUGUAUUUGUGCAUUUUAUUUAAUUAAUUUUGCCUUUGAAAUAUUAUUUAUUCAACUUAAUUUAUUAAUUUUAUAUUUAUACGACAGUGCCUCGAUUGGGCAGUCCUUCCAUAUUAUAUGCACUUUUAUAGAAGACGUAGUGACCUGAAGCACUCAUGAAACUGCUUCAACUUGAAAGAGACUGUCUGAAUUGGACCAAUGUUCUUUGUUUUGUUGUUUUUUUAUUAGGUAUAACGGCCUUAUUUGUCAUUCAUUUGUAAAACUACUCACAAAAUAUUUAUUUGAACUGUAAAAGAUAAAAACAAAUGCACUUCAACAUUGAAGAGUAAAUUCUAUACGCUAUCUUGACGAUGCCUGUGUAAAAAAAAGUAUUGUAAUGGUUAUUUAUGUGUGUUUAAUAUGGAUUAAUUAAAAAUAAAGCU